UGACGUCACCCGGAAGAGGGGGACGGACGGGGGAACCAAGAUGGCGUUUCUACGCUGUAGGCGAGACCCGUGUGGAUUUAUAUGUCUCAUACUAACUUAUUUCAGCGUCUUUUACGCCGAUUAUGUGGUGAUUCAGUAUGUCCUCAUCCCUGCCUACUCGGGAAGUGUGUGGUGUACACUACAUGGGUCAGUGUUUAACUUGAUUCUACUACUGCUGCUGGCCUGUCACUCCAAAGCUGUCUUCUCAGACCCAGGUAUGGUUCCCCUACCAGAGACGGCUAUCGACUUCUCUGACCUGAGGUCCCAGAAUUCACACAUGAAUGAGAGGGGUUGUGAGGGCUGGACUGUUUGUAGUCGUUGUGAGACCUACCGCCCCCCCAGAGCUCACCACUGUAGAGUAUGUCAGCGAUGCAUACGACGCAUGGACCACCACUGUCCCUGGAUCAAUAACUGUGUUGGAGAGUUGAACCAGAAGUACUUCAUCCAGUUUCUCUUCUAUACAGGUAUGGCCAGUCUCUACUCCAUGGCUCUGGUGGUGUCAGCCUGGGUGUGGAGAAUACGGAGCGAGCGAGACGGGGAAGGAGAGAAGGAAGGAGAGGAGUCUCCCAGCAAACACCUGAUUGUAGCUCACUACAUCAUUCUCCUGGUUGAGUCGGUGUUGUUUGGAGUGUUCGUCAUGGUCAUCUUCUACGACCAGUUGGUGUCCAUUAUAACAGAUGAAACUCCUAUAGAACAUUUGAGGAACAGACUGAUGAAAGACAGAACAUCGAUCACCAGCAGCACCUCUGAGCCACCGACACACAUCCCACACACACGCAAGCCCAAACUAGCCCUGCUCAGAGAGGUCUUCGGGAGAGGGUCGGUGUUCUGUUGGCUGUUCCCUCUACAUUCCAGUCCCCCCACCGUCGGUGGAAUCAGCUACUCGGCUGUUCCGGAUUAUGAUGUGUAACGUUCCCACAACCUUCAAACAACCUUCAAACAACAUUCUGUGACGACAGCGUUUUAACAUUCCUUCAACGUUGUGGUUACGUUACGGCCAUCAUGUAAUUAGGGCUGUCAAAUGAUUAAUUGAAUUCGUGGCGUUAGUUAAUCGCAAUUCGUCACAAUGUUUGACACACACACACACACACACACACACACAUCCUCUCUCACACACACACACACAUCCUCUCUCACACACACACACACAUCCUCUCUCUCACACACAC